AUGAUGAUUCCAGAAACGUCUGAAUUGUACUCUUACAAGAAUAAAGUCACCAAUGCAACUUGGCCAAGGUUUAGAGGGUCGGUGGUUUUGAAACAGCCUUCUAAUAAUGCUGAAGAUUAUCAGUUGAAAAUAGUUUAUAGAACUUAUAAACGGAAGAACCAAAUCGAAUCGGGUAAAAAGGUUAAUUUAGUUUUGGUUCAUGGAAAUGGUAUGAAUAAGGGAAUCUGGCAUUAUCAAGUGGAUAAAUUGUUUCAAUUGAUCCCUAAUUUGAAUUACGUUGUUGCUCCCGAUUUACCCAAUCAUGGGGAAUCAACGGCAUUGAAUAAAGGUAAGUUGGGUCAUGAACUCAGUUGGUUUGAUUUCGCUAAGGACAUGGUAAAAAUAACCAAAAUAGAUGAGAGUGACGAGUUUUUGCAACCAAACGUAACCAAUAUUCUACUUGGCCAUUCGAUGGGUGGUUAUAUUUCAUUAGUUGCUGCGUACUUGGAACCAACUUUAUUCGACAGUAUCAUCUGCUAUAACCCGGUUGCUCACAUUGACGAAGAGAGAUAUAGCUUGCUUAAUAUGGCAUUUCAUUUGUGGAAUGAUAGAAAGAUGAUUUUCGAUAAGUUCCCGGCUAAAGAUGGUGACGAUUACAAGGACGUCAUAUUCAAAAUAUAUAAAAAACAUGGGUUUUUCAAAAGAUUUGAUGAUACCGUUUUGAAGAAUAUGGUGGAAGAUGAUUUUGACUCAAAUCAAACCCCUCAAAAUGGUUUCAUUAAUACCAAUACUGAAAUCUCUCAGGAAUUUUUCACAUACUUUGCGGGCACUCCAUCGAUUUUAAGAGCGUAUCCGAUCUUCAAGGCAAUAUCUACUCCGGUGUAUCAUAUUGUUGGUGAUAAUGAUGUUGCAUCCGAAGAAGCUGUUGAAGAUCUCAGAAAACAAUUGAAAAAAGUUCUCCAUCCAAUUAAUAUUGAAGGUAAUCAUAUACUUCACGCCGAAAAACCAGAUUAUUUUAUUGGAAUAAUUAACGACGUGAUAAAUGAAAUCAUUGAAAACUCAAAAAAGACGGGGGAUAUAAGAUAUGAAGAUCUGAAUUACUUAAAACUCCAUGGUAUUGACUACAGAGAUGAUCUCAAAAAAAAAGCCAUGGAACAUGGAUUGGCAGAAAAGCCGUUCCCAAAGUUAUAA